UAACAAAAAUAUUAAUAAGGAAAUCUUCACGAAGAGCUAAUUAGAUCUCUUUCAAAAUGAAGCUUUUUCCUACAACUGCUGUGCUUCUCUUCCUAAUGCUUCUCCUCUCAGCAAAUGAAAUAGGUCCAAGAAAGGUAGAAGCAAAGCUAUGCCAAUACAAGAGCAGAACCUUCUUCGGCGUUUGUGUCAGUGGUCACACUUGCAACCAAAAGUGCCAAGGCGAGGCCUUUGAUGGAGGACGCUGUCAUGGGGUUCGUCGUCAAUGCUGCUGCUACAGGACUUGCUAGUUUCCUUUACUACUUUAAAAUGAAGUAUACAAUGGUUUAAAUAAAACGUAAUAAUGCUCAUUUAUCUUUUGUCCUUUCCUAUAUGGUUUAUUACCAAUAGUGUCUUUGUAAUAAAAGUUAUCCUUUUGGUCUAUGCAUGUAUCAAUUAUUUCUUA